AUGGGGCCGACGACCGAGCGCCGUCAAGACUGGUUCCAACAAGACGUCAAACAGCGCGCUCAGGUGUGGUACCAGAAAUACGUGCUGGAGCUGAUCUUGAGGCGAAAGGCGCUCUCUUCUUCCAAUGAUGGCCGUCAUAUCCCCCUCCAGCCUUUCCAUGACAAACCGUUGGUUGAUCCUCGUAGACAUCACCCAUAUAUCUCAAACACCAUCCGAUCGUCCAGGUACACCAUCUGGGACUUCUUGCCAAAACAGUUUCUUUUUCAGGUGACCAGACUGGGGAACUUCUAUUUCAUUUGCAUCGGAGUUCCUCAAGCUAUUCCUGGGUUGAGCAAUACCGGAAGCUAUACGACUAUUCUGCCCCUUCUUUUCUUUAUCCUUCUGACAGUCGCAAAAGAAGGCUAUGAUGACUACAAAAGACACAGACUGGACAAAGUGGAGAACACAAGAUGUGCGACUGUUAUAAGAGAUGGCCGGCACGCGGAGCGUCGAGGAACAUUUGCAAGAAUACCCGAUCUUCGCUCGUUUCCGUCAGUUUCUAAAACAAAAUCGGAAGUUGUUGAGGAGUUCGAGCUGAAGGAAGACGAAUUACGAUGGAAGCAAAUCCAAUGGCAGGACAUCAAGGUCGGUGACAUUAUCAAACUGGAAAGAGACGACGCUAUCCCGGCGGAUACAGUGUUGCUAUACGCGGAUGCAGAAGAUGGGAUUGCAUACAUUGAAACGAUUGCUUUGGACGGGGAAACGAAUUUGAAAAGUCGCCAGGCAUUGCCGGAGUUUGAUCGUUGCAACACAAUAGAAGGGAUCAGAUCAUGCAAGGCCGAAUUCGUGGUCGAGGAUCCGAAUCCGGAUCUCUACAAUUUCAACGGCAGGGCAAUCGUCGACGGGGAAUCUGUUCCACUCACCCUGAACGAAGUUGUUUACCGGGGUAGCGUCUUGAGAAAUACUAAGCUCGCAAUAGGCCUAGUAAUCAAUACGGGAGAAGAAUGCAAAAUCCGAAUGAAUGCCAAUCACCAUCCUAAAGCGAAAAAGCCCCGUCUUGAAAAGUUUCUCAACCAGGUCGUACUCACACUCGUGGUUUACGUGAUCCUCCUCACUAUGGGGUGCUCAGUGGGGUAUCUCAUUUGGAGGAGAUCAGUUGAGAAGCACUCAUGGUACUUGAAAGACGCUAAAGUCAGUGCCAAAGAGAUCAUUAUCGGCUAUGCGAUUGAAUUCAAUAACGUCAUCCCGCUGGCACUAUAUGUUAGUCUGGAAAUUGUUAAGAUCGGCCAAGCACUGUUAUUGAACGGCGACGUUGAAAUGUACGACGAAACGUCCGAUGCUCCGGCGAGGUGUAACACGAAUACGAUUCUCGAGAACCUAGGACAGGUCAACUAUAUCCUCUCAGACAAAACAGGAACUUUGACAGAAAACGUCAUGAGAUUUCGCAAGAUCAGCGUUGCGGGCACCGCGUGGCUACAUGAAAUGGAUAUCGAAGAAGAUGACCAGGGCCAGACGUCGGAAGCCGGGGAAGAAGAUCACGACAGCAUCAAAUCUUGUCAUAUAACCGCCACUGCCAAGGUCGGGGAUAGUCAGACAUCCAUCUCGCCUCUUGUUGAAUAUCAACCGAGGUCCUCUUUUUCCACUUGGAGAUCCGCCGGCAGGCCUGAUCAUCUUCAACCGGGACUGACAACAAAGCAACUCCUCGAAUAUAUUCAUCUUCAUCCCGCAUCUGAGUUUUCCAAAAGGGCCCGCGAAUUCAUACUGGCAACGGCUUUAUGCCAUACCUGCCUUCCCGAAGUCACGGGUGACAACGUAGAUUUCCAAGCGUCAUCUCCCGACGAACUCGCCCUCGUCCGGGCAGCCCAAGAGUUGGGUUACGUGGUCGUCCAUCGCUCAUCGCAUUCAAUUACUUUGCUUGUGAAAAGUGGAAGUGGGAAUGAAAGUCAGUCAUACGAAAUUCUCGACAUAAUCGAAUUCAGCAGCAAACGAAAGCGCAUGUCCAUCAUUGUGCGAUGCCCUGAUGGUCGAAUAUGGCUACUCUGCAAGGGUGCAGAUAAUGUCAUCUUGCCGCGUCUCAAACAUGCAGACCAGGUAGCUCGAUUGGCUAAGCGGGUGCGUGAAAGUCGUGAAUUCGAUCACCUACGACGGAGUCAACAACUUGAAGCAGCAGAGAGACCUGGUGUCAGGAGAUCACUCGAGAUAACGAAGCAGUCCGCGUUCAAUUUCCUUGACAAGUUGUCGGUCACGAAUGACUCUACUAUUCUCAGCCGCUGCCUCGAACAUGUCGAUGACUUUGCAAACGAAGGCCUUCGGACCCUCCUUUUCGGUCACAAAUUUAUUUCCCCGGAAGACUACAGCUCCUGGAGGAAGAUAUAUCGUGAGGCAACGACCUCACUCACAGAUCGUCAAGAUCGCAUUGAAGAGGCUGGGGAGCUUAUUGAGCAAUCUCUUGAUCUUCUUGGCGCGUCUGCCAUUGAAGACAAGCUACAACAGGGCGUGCCCGAGACCAUUGACAGACUUCGUCGCGCUAACAUUCGAAUCUGGAUGUUGACUGGUGAUAAGCGGGAAACAGCGAUCAAGAUUGCACACUCUGCGCGGCUUGUCCUGCCCGGUUCUAAGACAUUUAUUCUGGAUUCUACAGUAGACAAUUUGCAAGGGCAGAUACGGGCCGUUUACGACGAGAUAUACCUUAGGGAUGCAAAUAGCGUCUUAGUUAUUGAUGGGCAUACCCUUGCAGUUGUAGAAAGUGAUCCCAUACUGAAGGACUCUUUCUACCGGCUCAUAGCAUCCACUCGUUCCGUGAUUUGUUGCCGUGCUAGCCCAGCGCAAAAGGCUAGCAUAGUAAGCGCAAUCAAAGCGCAUAUACCCGGAUCCCUGACUCUUGCUAUUGGUGACGGAGCAAAUGAUAUCGCUAUGAUCCAGGCUGCAGACGUUGGUGUUGGUAUAUCUGGUAAAGAAGGCCUACAAGCAGCACGCGUCGCAGACUAUAGCAUAGCUCAAUUCCGCUUUCUUCAACGCCUCCUUCUUGUUCACGGUCACUGGAACUACGUUCGCACUGCAAAGUUCAUACUGAUGACGUUCUGGAAAGAAAUGUUCUUCUAUAUGAUGCAGGCGCUCUAUCAACGCUAUAACGGAUACACCGGUACUUCGCUAUAUGAAUCGUGGUCUCUGACUGUUCUUAAUACCCUAUUUACAUCUCUGUGCGUCAUCAUCAUGGGGAUUUUCGAACAAGACUUAAGCGCCGACACCUUGCUCGCUGUUCCCGAGGUGUAUCUCUACGGCCAAAAUAAUGCUGGCCUCAAUCUGCGAAAAUACCUGGCCUGGAUGCUAUGUGCCACCGCAGAGGGAAUGAUUGUAUGGUUCUUCUCCUGGGCAAUUUACGGAAUGCUUUAUAUCCCCAAAGAUCAAGGAUUAUUCGCAUUUGGUGAUCUUGUGUUCACCUUAGCAAUCCUGUGGACGAAUACAAAGCUAUUCAUUGGCGAAACUCACUGCAAGACGAUCAUUGUCAUCACCUGUUUCUCGAUCACUAUCGCUGGCUGGUGGGCCUGGAAUGCGUUCCUCGCAGCUGCCUAUACGCCUCAACCAGGACCAUACAGUGCGCGCGGGGGCUUCACGAAUACCUUUGGUACUGACCCCAUUUGGUGGUUGACGCUCAUUCUGGUGUUUGCGAUCUUGGUGGCUCUACAAGUCGUAUACAGUUCGCUCAACCGGAACAUCAUAUCAAUCGCAAUGAAACCGUUGAGGCGAAGAGUAAAGUGGUUUGGGGGCAAUGAGGAUUCCGAUAUUAGAAUGUUCCAGGAGAUGGAACAGGACCCGUCCAUGAGAGAACGGCUUAAGAAAAUGGCUCGGGACGAAAUGGAAGAACCGGACGUGGAGUACAUACCAUGA